UCCAUUUGGGAAAGGCCCAGUGUCUUAUCACUGCCAGCUGAUACGACAAUAGUACAUAACGAUCGUGGAGCACGGAAGCGAUUCACAGACUUUCGAAAUGCUGUACCGGUGUUUGAUCGUCGCUUUCUUCGUUGCAGAAGGGUUUGCGCUUGACGCCCGUAUCACCAACGGUGAGACUGCUGUCCCUCACAAGUACCCCUACCAGGUAUCUGUCCAAUGGGGACUACCACCUCUCAUUAAAUACCGUCACAUCUGUGGCGGCUCCAUCAUCCACCCCAGUUGGAUCCUCACCGCUGGCCACUGCAUCACCGAAAUCCCCAAGAUCGGACGAUUCCAAGUCAGCGCCGGAAAGCACAUCAUCAACAAGGAUGAGCCUGGACAAGAGAAUCGUGUCGUCACCCUCAGAUUAGCCCAUCCCAACUACCCAGGAGGUAUUGCCCAACACGACAUCGGUCUCCUCCGCCUGAAGUCCCCCCUGACCUACAACAAGCAUGUCCAACCGGUGGCCCUUCCCACCCAGGACAAGCAGCACACUGGGGAAGUUGUCCUCACUGGUUGGGGUUCGAUCUCUACCACUAUGAUUCCUAAACUCCCUGCACAACUCCAGACCGUCCAGGUGCCGAUCGUUGAUUACGACAGCUGCCUAGAGUCCUUCAAAAAGGCCUCCGGCAAAGUUGAACUGUUCGACACGCAAAUCUGCACAGGACCAAUCGGUGGAAACAUAUCCGCCUGUUCGGGCGACUCGGGUGGUCCCCUCGUCAAGUUCAACACUGAUGGUACACCCGAACAAGUUGGAAUCGUCUCCUGGGGGGUCUACCCAUGCGGAGUUGCUGGCACCCCUUCUGUCUACACUCGAGUGUCUUCUUACGUCGAUUGGAUCAAGUCGAAGGUCAAUGUUUAAUGUGCAACUGGAUUUGUAAUUGAUUUGAGAAAUACUAUGGACAAUAAAGUUUUUUUUAUUGCUGCA